AUGAAGAUGACAUGGCUUAUGGAGGGCUGUGUCAAUGGUCAUGCGUUCACAAUCGAAGGAGAAGGCACUGGCAAACCUUACGAGUAAGUUUAUGUCACAUAACGAUCAACCUGUAAAUUUUCCUUUUACGUGGAUGCAUUGCUGGUCUAACGAAAGCAAAUUUGAUUAUUUCAGUUGUAUCUUGCGGCCGUUUGUGUCAUCUGCGUAUGGCUGUCUAGAAAAAAAUGGAAGAUAGAUCCAAGCUUCAUAUAGUAACUCGUCCAGAAGUCAUAGUACGCAAGUCACUUAUGUGAUGAAAACGCACCAAAUUAAAAUAGCCAUAUGCUACUUCAGCGAUUUCGUUCAUAAAAUACUACCAUACCGAAAAUCCUUUCCAUCUGAACAUUUCAGAGGCAAACAAACAGGGACAUUCCGUGUUACAAAGGGCGGACCCCUUCCAUUCGCCGUUGACAUAGUGGCACCGACCUUGAAGUAUGGAUUCAAAUGUUUUAUGAAGUACCCUGCUGAUAUUCCCGACUAUUUCAAGCAAGCAUUUCCUGAGGGUCUGAUAUACGACAGGAAAUUAACAUUUGAAGAUGGAGGGUGUGCCACGGCCACCGUGGAAAUGAAGUGAGUAAUUCCUUACUAUUUAAUUGUCAAUCAGCUUUUUAACUUGCAGAUUGCACGAGGAUCUUUGAUACAAAAGGAAACGUUUCUUAUUUGCUUGUUGUUAAUUUCGAUGUCAGAAUUCAUAGUAUUAGCUGUGAAUGAUCAAAAAAAAAUCAUACCAAUUUUCUCGCAUAUUAUGUAACACUGCACAAAGGUUUGGGCUCUCUGUGAAAAGGUGAAAAUUCACGACGAAUUUCCAUGAUGAAUAACAUCAUGGAAGCCUCAAAAGUGCAUUAAUACAGUGACAACCGCUUACUUGUCAAAAAUAAUAAGGCAACUUGCCUAAUUUUUUUUACAUUUGUCAUUUUGUUCCUUUCCGGCUUAUUUUUGUCUUCUAACAUAGUAAUCUAACCUGUUGAUCUAGAUAUUUUUUUCCAUUAAAAUCUUGUAACCUCGUAAGGUGGACUCAAAAUGUAUGUUUUAUUCAUUUUGCGUUCUGAAAUGCUUCCUCCUUUGACAGCCUCAAAGGCAACACUCUUGUGCACAAGACCAAAUUUCAAGGAGGCAACUUUCCCAUCGACGGGCCUGUCAUGCAAAACAGGACGCUUGGCUGGGAACCAGCCUCGGAGAAAAUGACUCCAUGUGAUGGAACAAUCAAGGGAGACACUAUCAUGUACCUUUUGGUCGAAGGAGGGAAAAUGCUGAAAUGUCGAUAUGAAAAUAAUUACAGGUAAUUACGUUGGCUUCGACUGCUGUGUACAGACCUGUACACACAUAUUCAGGAGCAGUGCACCCGAACGUUUAUAGUCACCUCAGAGGUUUGCACGUCUCUCCAUUCGCCAAAUUUGCUCUAGUUUCCGAAUUUUGUGAUCAUAACUUUUCAACCGAUUAACUGCACAGCUUCAUAAAGUUCCAGUUGUGCACAUUUCUCUGAACUUAUUUUGAUCGCUUACGGUCAUAAUUACAACUCGAACGCACUGUUCGGAAACUGUCUUCAUCUUCGAGGUUACCAGAGCGUUGAAGAAGAUGAUUUAAUACCUAAACUUCUCAUUUCAGCAAGAACUCACGGAUCAUUCUUGUUUUAUUUCCUCCAGAGCCAAGAAGGUGAUACACGAGAUGCCACCGAGCCAUUUUGUAGAUCUCCGCCUUGUGAGAACCAACCUUGAUAAGGAAGGUUUGAAGUUUCAACUGGAAGAACAUGCUGUGGCAAGAAUCCUCAAGGUUUGA